AUGGCCAACAGCUUCCUGGAUAAUCCCCAUUUGAAAGUCAGUCGGCCCGUAGCCGCCUGCUCACGAUGUCGGACCGCCAAGAUCAAGUGCGAUGGCAAGCUUCCGGCCUGUUCGGCCUGUGAGAAAGUGGGCAAGGAAGCCCUGUGCUCGGGAGCCAGCGACGAGUUCGCCAAGGGGAAAGAGCGCAGCUAUGUCGCAUCUCUGGAGGGGUACUGUGAGAAGCUCGAACAGAAAAUCGCCCUUCUCCGAAAUCGUCAGAAUUCCAUCCCCUCCGACGGCCAACAUGGGGUGGUGCGCGAAAUGUCCAUCACAUCAACGUCCUCGGAUGGGCCUGUGGGCCCGGCCCAUCGUCGAGAAGUGUCCGAUAUCGACGACCUGGUCGGGGACUUUGGCUUCCUGUCGGUGAAUGCGACCUCGCGAGAUUUUCAGGGCAUCACAUCCAAGACCAGUUUCGCGAAUCUGCUGCUAUCGGUCGCCACCGUGGGAUACCCACCACCCCGCACCCCGAAUCCUUUGCCGGCGCGACACGAAGCUACUCCUCUCCUACAAUACUACUUUGAUAAUGUCUUUAUACAAUUACCUUUCUUCGUGGAGACCAGUUUCUGGACCUCGGUCGACGCGGUAUAUCAGUCCGACGGUCGGUUUGCCAAACCUUUUGACCACUGGACGGUACGCUUGGUGCUGGCGAUAGCGUCCGCAGCCGUCUCCUAUCAAAAAAAUGCCCGCAAUCACCAGCGCGCCUUGGCCUUGGUCUCCGAAGCGCUCAUCUACGCCGAUGAUGUGUUUCGACCAGGGUCCAUCACGUGCAUACAGGCCAUCUUGCUCCUGGCUCAAUAUGCCCUCGUUGAUCCAGGUCGAUUUCGAAGUUGGCACCUGGUGGGGAUGGCCAUCCGAGUCGCUAUCGAUCUGGGACUCCAUCAAGAUCCUCCGACCGAGGUCGCCUUGAACCAGGAUCGACUCGACUUACGUCGGCGCGUCUUUCAUUGCAUUUACAGCCUGGACCGCGGCAUGAGCUCCGCGCUACAUCAUACAUUUACUUUUUCGGACGAGUCGGUGGAUGUUGCACUUCCGGCCACCGAUACUUCAUCUUCGACCGCCGAGUCUAAAACGAUCUUCUUGCGCAACCCUACUCCCGCGCUACACAUUGUCCGAAUUCGGAAAAUCUUAUCUCGGGGAUAUCACGACAUGUAUUUUAGUUCUCGGGAUGCGUCGCCACAACCGAUCCCCCAAAUAUGGACGCUCUGCUCCCAAGCACGGGAGUGGUACCAUGACUGUCCGUCCAGCGCUCCCAAACAUUUCGCCCUUCUCUACCGCCUCGAACUACUCUACACGACCAUCAUUCUUCUCUCCCCCUCCAAUCGAUACCCUGUGCUUUGUGACUACAAUAAAGCACUUCUCUUUGACCGGUGCAUGGAUUUUAUCAGCCAGAUCCAUCAAGUACUGGAAAACUCAAGUGCCUUGCCCUUUUUCACCUUUUUGGACAUUGCCCGUGUCCAGCAAGUGGGCCAUCUCUUGAUUCAAACCCUUCUCGAUGAUUUGGACUUUUUGCUGAGCUCGGUUAUGCCCCCUGAACCUCAAGUGCCUUCAGGCACACCAGAUCCCCCUCUCCUGGCCGAAGAGGACCGGAUCAAUGUCCGGCCCCGGACAUUUCGGUGUCUCUCGUACGUGCGCGACUUGCUGCAUUAUGCCAAGCGGAAAUGGGGGCUGGAUCAACCCCUUGAAGACUUUGAGCGCCAGUCGGCACCGUUGGAAAAGCUGUUGCGAGAAGGGCCGGUAAGGCCAUAUGGAAUGAGUCAAGGAUCGUAUCAACAGGCACCGCUGGCGGUCAAUGGCUAUCAGACGUAUCACCUUGGGUCUACAUGA